GUAUCUAUCAAUAUGUUCGCCAAAAUUGUUACUCUUUGCGCUGUAGUGGCGGUCUCCUCCGCGGGGCUCGUGCCAUCAGCUGUCCACUAUUCUCCAGCUGAGGCUGUCUCUUCUCAGAGCAUUGUACGUCAUGAUCAACAACAUGCCGCGCAUUUAACAAAACUGGCCCUUGCUGCGCCAGUUGCUUACCAUGCUGCUCCAGCAUCCAUCGCGUACCACGCUGCUCCUGCUCACUACUCAUCCGCCGCUGCCGUUUCUUCCCAAAACAUUGUGCGUCAUGAUGAGUCUUCGAGACUUGUGUCCUCAGCUCCUAAGCUGACUUACGCUGCCCCUGCCGCCAAGCUGACCCUUGCUGCUCCUGUCGCCUACCACGCGGCUCCUGCUCAAGUCGCCUACCACUCGGCUCCCGCUCCCAUCGCCUACCACGCUGCCCCAGCUCCCAUCGCCUACCACGCCGCUCCAGUUGCUAAGGUCAUCGCCCAACCUGAAGAAGUCGCUUACCCCAAAUACGAGUACACUUACUCUGUCGCUGACGGUCACACCGGUGAUAACAAGCAACAACAGGAAUCCCGCGAUGGAGAUGUCGUGAAGGGAUCAUACUCCUUCCAUGAAGCCGAUGGCUCCAUCAGAACCGUUGAGUACACCGCUGACGACCACAACGGUUUCAACGCCGUAGUACACAACACCGCCCCCACUGCCGCCCCCACUUACGUUAAGGCUGCUCCCGUCGUAGUCAAGACCCCCGUCUACUCCGCCCCAGCCCUCCAAUACUACCACCAUUAAGCAAAAAAACAUGCUUUGAUUGUUGACUGUUUAUUUAUUGUAAUAUACAAUUAUUAUUGAAUUUAAA